CCAAAAAAAAACCAGAAACCGAAACCACGCAUCAAUUUCUCUAUGGCAGAGGUUUCCAAUCUCCACCGGCGCCGGCAGUCACCGCCGAUAUACCGGCGAUCCAUCGCGACUACCAUUGUGUCCCACCUAGAAGAAGCCGUGCACGAGGAAGAUGAAUUCUUCAAUCAGGCGCAUCCAUUCGUCUUCGAUUCAUUCUCCCCGCCGCACAAUUCCUCAAAUCCCUCUUUCUUCGAUGACUACGCGACGUCGUUCGAUCUAGGGUUCGAUUUGAACUCAGAGCCCGAGAAUCCGGGGGGGUGCGAGUACGAGGACCCCAAUUGCUUCUUCUUCGGAGGCGAAGAAGACGACGACCAGAUGAAUUACGUCACAGAUCUGUUCGAGCCACGCCACCCGCACCCGGCGGAGGAUCUGAUUUGGGAGCUCGAUUCGCGCCGUGUGGAGGAUCCGGGCAUGGAAUUCGGAUUCGGACCGGGUCUACGGGUUGUCAGCAUGGAUUCGGAGUCGGAUACCGAGGAAUUCGAGGUAAAUGUUGGCUAUAGUAACGACGACGAUGAUGAUGAUGAUGAUGAGGAUGAUAGUUUGUUUGGGGUUAGGAAUCAUAGGUAUUACGCUGGUGACAAUGAUAGAGAGGAAUUUGAAUGGGAGGAGGUUAGUGAGAGGGUUCAAUUUGAUGAGAGGGAGAAUUUGAAUAUGGUGAUUAAUCGAAUCGAAGAAAUCUCGGUUUCAUCCAAUAUUUCCUCCUCGGAUAUUGAUAAUUCGGAUUUAGGUGGUGGCGAUGGUGAAGGUGUAGAGGUAGGGCGGAAUAUAGGAUGGGAAGUGCUGUUGGCAGUCAAUAACCUAGAGAGAAAUCUUGAAUUCGAGAUUCCUGGAGAAAACAGCUUCAUCGAUGGGGGUGAAGGUGAAUCUCUUCCGCAUACCAAUCUUCCAGAUGAUUAUAUCUUGACAAUGGAAUACGAUGCCCUUUUCGGGCAGUUGGUGGAGAAUGACAACGCGUCGAAAGGCAGCCCCCCGGCUGCAAAAUCUGCGGUCGAGAAGCUGCCUUCCUUGGUGCUGACAAAGGCGGAUGUUGAGCAGAACAAUAGCGUGGUCGUGUGUGCUGUUUGUAAGGAUGAGUUUGCGAUUGGUGAGAAGGUGACUCGGAUGCCUUGUUCCCAUCUCUACCAUGAGGACUGCAUUCUGCCGUGGCUUAGUAUGAGGAACUCGUGCCCUGUGUGCAGGCACGAGUUGCCAACGGAUGAUGCUGACUACGAGAGGAGGAAAGGCGGGAGAGGAAGGGUUCGUAGUGGAAAUGCUGCUAGCUUGUUUGAUGAUUUUGAGGUCAGGUACAAUUUUGAAAUUCUGCCGUGAAAAGGCACUUUAGAAUGUGGUUUAGAGACUCCAUCUUUGUUUUCUGGUAUGUUUAAAAUUCAUCCACAUGUAUUUAUUUUUACAAGUAUUGUUGAUAGUGCAUUGCAAGUUAUAUA